GAAGUCAGAGAGCAGAGGAGACAGCUAAUGUGUAACUUGGGUUUGGCAAUCGAGGGGAAACAAAUAAGUAGGAAUCCAAAUUUUCUCUUGGGAUCAGUUCCUGAGCACAGCAAACAAGGCAAGAUCCUCUUCCCAAAAAAUUAAGUCUCUGAGAGGUAUUGCUGACGCUGCCAUUAGCCAUGAAUCUGGGAGUGGGUUUCCUGUGCUUCUUUGUAUGCAUUAUGACUGCUGGCUGCGAUCGGGUGUAUGUCCACCCCUUCUACCUGUUUUCCUUCAACAACACAAAGGGCCACAAUUGCAAAGAGUUAGAAGUCAGAGAACAGUUGAUGAAGACUUUCAUUCCCAUCUCAAUUGAGUCUCACCUCAUGUCAGAAUCUGAAGAGAGUCUGAGGAACCGAAGCGAGGAAGAAAAAAAACGUUUAGGAGUGAAGUUCUUGAGAGAUCCCAUUCAUACAGUUGGAGCCCGCUUCUACCAGAAGUUGAGGGAAAUCUACAAAGAAGAUAACAUUUUGGUUUCUCCCAUUUAUAUAUAUGAGUCUUUGCUGGCCUUCUACUUAGGAGCCUCUGGAACAACAGCUAACAAUCUGCAGACUUUGUUGGAAUUCAGCUCUCCUUCUAUUGACCCAAAUUGCACCUUCAAAAUUGAUGGGCACAAAGUCCUUACAGCUCUGAGGUUCAUAAUCAAUUGUCCCUUCCAUUCAAAGGAUACAGAUGGAUUAAUCUUCUCCAGGAUUUCCUGUCUUUUCUCAGCCCCUGACAUCCGUUUAUCAGAGUCCUUCGUCCACCACUUGGCCUUUUCUGAAGCUAACUUUCAUGUGAGGGCAGUCGAUUUUUCAAACCCUGCUCAGGCGGCUAAAUAUAUUGGAGCCUUUGUGGAAGACAAAAGCACACCCAGAAGCAAGAGUUUGCUGUCAGACAUUGAUCCAGAAACCACCCUGCUGUUUGCAACCUACACUCAGUUCAGAGCUAUUUUAAAGGGAGCCUCCCUAUUGAAGGAGCCACAAGACUUCUGGCUGAAUUUGGACACAGCGGUCUCUGUCCCUAUGAUGAGAAUGACUGGAACCUUUGAGCAUAAAUGUGAUGGUGACCCCAGGCUUUCUGUGGUCAGGAUUCCUGUCAGCAAGAGUGUAUUUCUGCUGCUUUUGCAACCGGCCAACAGCAGUGACCUGGGCAAAGUUGAAAAGCAAUAUUCCUUGACACCAUCUGUACCCUGGAUGCAAAAACUAUCAGCAAGACAAAUCCAGCUGACUUUGCCACAGAUAUCCUUGAAAACUAUUUAUAAUCUUCAGGAACUCCUUGAGAAGCAGAAGAUGGGUGACCUGCUUGGAAAGAAUGCCACUUUCAGACUGCUAAGCAACACUGACAUGACAAUUGGCAAGGUAACCAACCAGCAACAUUUUGAACUCAGUCCCAGUGGAGCUGAUGAAGCUGAAGCUCCCUCUGAAGAAAAUGAAGCCACGGAGACACUCAAAAUGACCCUGGACACGCCAUUCCUCUUAGCAGUGUAUGAAAAGGAGUCAGAUGUAUUACUCUAUUUUGGCAGAGUAAUGAAUCCUCUGAAAGGGACAUAAAAGAUCACAAAAAGGAAAGGGGAUUUCAUAGAUUUCCUCCCACCUCCCUUGCCCUUGACUUAGCAAGUUUUUGUGGUCUCAUCAAAUUGUCAUUACAUAUUGUGAAAUGCAAAUAGAUAUGGUUUUCAAAUAUAAAAGCGAUGAGAAGAAUUAAGAAAACUUAAAA